AUGUCUUUCCAAGACCGAACACAGCACCAGAUCGGCCAGAUUGAUAAGGAGCUGUCCAAAUAUCCCAUGCUCAACAACCUCGAGAAGCAGACUUCGGUGCCUAAGGUCUACGCCUUCCUCGGCCUCGUCGGCAUCUACUUUUUUCUUAUCUUCUUCAAUAUUGCGGGCGAGUUUCUUGUGAACUUUGCCGGGUUCCUCGUCCCAGGAUACUAUUCCCUGGAAGCUCUGUUCAGUGCGAGCAAGGUUGAUGACACCCAGUGGUUAACAUAUUGGGUCGUCUACGCAUUCUUCUCCGUGUUCGAGAGUGUUGUCAACGCUGUCUAUUGGUUCCCCUUCUACUACACCUUCAAGUUCGUCCUCGUCUUGUGGAUGGCUCUUCCGCAAACCGGUGGUGCCCAGAUCGUCUUCCGUUCCUUCAUCCAGCCGGUCUUCUCCCGUUUCUUCUCGCAGAGCGGCUCUACUGCUGCCAACCUUCGCUCUCAGGCUGACCAGGCGACCAAGCCUCACGCCAUGUAA